AUGUUGAUACACGAUGGUGAUACCUAUCUUUGGACCGGUUCCUUGGCAGACUUAAAGUGCUUUGUUGAUGAAAUUUUAAAUCUUAAAGGGAAGUGGAGCUCUCCAGGAGGCGAAGCGAAGCUGUUUUGUGCUACAAAGCCUGACUUUGUUAUUAAAUGGUUUGGCUGGCGGUCCCAGAAACUUGUGAUUCAAGUAGACAGUGCUGAGAACUUUUUAACACAGAAGUUUGAGAGCUUGGUGAACAAGAGUAAAGGAAACAAAGCUGAUAGCAAGAAUGGUACUGAUGGAGUGAUUGUUAGCGAUGGCGAUACAGCACAGCACAUCCUGCUGUACUGGAGGUAUGUAAAUGUUCCUGCUCUGUCGAUCUAGAGGGCUUGAAAUAACAAUUUUAGAAUCGCGAUUAUUUGCCGCAAUUUCCAAAAAUGAGCUUGAAUCAGAUAUUGAUCUGCUCAGAGUUAAACAGAAAGAAUCGGAAGCCGCUAUAAGACGCCAAGACGAUGUGAUUUGUACUCUUAACGAAGAGAAUCAAUUCCUUAAAGCAAGGCUGUUGGCUCUUGAAGAGUCGUUUCUCAAGAUAACUUAUAAUGUCAAUAAAGACAAAGAACCUGGCUCAUCAGUUUACAAAGCUAAAAGUAUUGACAAAGCGGCCGCUUUUCAUGCCAGUGAACAAUCUAACAAAAGUAACCUCAGCUCAAUUAACACUGAAUUAUUUAAUACCUCUCAUGACAAUAGUCUUGCUCGGCAUAAUAACAACGGACAAUGCAAUGCCGAUGAUUUGAAUAAUAAUCAAAUUGACCUUGCAAAUGAUGAUGCUGUGUUUUCCUCAAAACAGCAGAAUAAAAAUAAUACACACAAAGGCUUAAAUUCGAACUUGAAAUCG